AUGAGUAUGUCGUCGAUGCAGACCUCGAACUACCACUCGGACAGCGCCAACACGUUCAGCAACUCGGACGACAUGUUCGCCACCGGGAGUAGUGGUGGCGGCGGCCACUCCGGAGGAGGAAUGGCUAACUCGGGAGGACUGCACCACUCGUACAGCGAGUCCAACCUAAUGGGCGGCUCGUCGGGCGGCCGCUCGUCAUCACAUAUGUCAUCCUCGCAGUCAUUCCUCGGGAGCGGCCACUCGGCGAACGCCAAACACGAAGACCUCAAACAGAUGCUGGAGUCGAGCAAAGACGGCCUUAAACUGGAGGCCAUGAAACGGAUCAUCGGUAUGAUAGCGAAGGGCCGGUCGGGCGACACGCCUCGCGAGCUGUUCGCACACGUCGUCAAGAAUGUGGUGACGAAGAACGCGGAGCUCAAGAAGUUGGUGUACCUCUACCUGACCCGAUACGCGGAACAGGAGCAGGACUUGGCCCUACUGUCCAUCGCCACGUUCCAGCGCUCGCUCAAGGAUCCCAACCCACUGAUCAGGGCGUCGGCGGUGCGGGUGUUGUCGUCCAUACGGGUGGCCAUCAUAGCGCCCAUUAUGUUGAUAGCCAUCCGGGACUGUAGUAACGACAUGAGUCCGUACGUACGCAAAACGGCCGCACACGCCAUACCCAAGCUAUACGCCCUCGACCCGGACCUCAAGCACGAGAUCAUCGACAUCGUCGAGCGGCUACUCAACGACCGGACGGCGCUCGUGUUGGGCUCAGCGGUGGCCGCCUUUGAGGAGGUGUGCGGCGACCGGAACGACCUCAUCCACCAGAACUACCGCAAGUUCUGCGCCCUACUGGUGGACGUGGAUGAGUGGGGGCAGAUCAUACUAAUCAAUAUGCUGAUCCGAUACGCCAGGACCCAGUUCCUGGACCCCAACCCCCCGGUGUCUAUGGGGGAGGAGGCCCACCACCACUCGGGGGAUCCCGUGGUGUUAGAUCCCGAUCACCGGUUGCUGUUACGGAGCGCCAAACCCCUGCUCCAGAGCCGCAACUCCGGUGUGGUGUUAGCCGUGAUUCAGAUGUACCUGUCGUUGGCGCCCAAUAGCGAGCUGAACGCCGUUAUCGUGAAGCCGUUGAUCCGUUUACUCCAUUCCCAUCGCGAGAUACAGCUCGUGGUGCUCAAGAAUAUCGUGACGCUAACCACGGCGCCGGUCGAGGAGCACAGGGAUGAUAGGGGAACGGGCGAUGAGGAGCUCCGGAGGAAUGAUAAGGAGAAUAUGGAUACCAAUGCGGACAAUGCGAACGCUACGGAGGACUCGAAGGACAAACAGUCGGCGCCGCCCGUGAAGGACAGUGAGGACGACAGCGAGGAGGAGGAGGACUUCCUUAAGUGGGACACCGGGAACGGUAGCGGCGGUGGCGGCACCUCCCGGGGCGCCAAGAAGUGCAUUAAGUCGCUGUUCGAGCCGCACCUGAAGUCGUUUUUCAUCAAAUCGCGAGACUCGACCCAAACGAAGAUUCUUAAGCUGGAAAUCCUCACGAAUUUGUCGAAUUCGGCGAACAUAUCGCUGAUCUUAAGGGAGUUCCAGGCCUACAUCAACAACUAUCAGGAGGACCUGGAGUUCAUGGCCGCCACCAUACAGGCCAUCGGCCACAUCGCCGCCCGCAUCAAAGAGAUAGCGCCGGUGUGUCUGAACGGCUUGAUUACGUUGCUGUCCAACCGGAACGAGACGAUUGUGGCGCACAGUAUAGUCGUGAUUAGGACGCAGAUUAUCAACAAAGACGAGCAGAUUAUCUCAUCGGUGGUGAAGCAGAUGGUGCGGCUCAUGGAUAAGAUCCAUACGCCGCAGGCCAGGGCUACCAUACUGUGGAUUUUGGCCGAGUUUUGUCCGGUCAAUGAACGGGCGGCCAAAUACGCGCCGGACGUACUCCGGAAGCUGGCGAAGACCUUCUGCUCGGAGGCCGACACCGUGAAGCUCCAGGCGCUCAAUCUGGCGGCCAAGCUGUACGUCACGCAAGACACCAGCGAUCGGAUCAAACUUCUGGUGAACUUUUUGUUCAAUUUAGCCAAAUAUGACUUGAAUUACGACGUCAGGGAUAGGGGACGCCUGUUGAGGCAGCUGCUGAAUGAGCCCGAGUUGGCUAAACGCGUGCUAUUGGUGCCCAAGAAGGUGCCCGACGUGGGCAAGGGGUCGGGCGCCAGUAGACGGUCGGACGGCGAGCACCAGUUCCGUAUCGGAACGUUGUCUCACUUUCUGGACAAGAAAGCGGCCGAUUAUGAGGAACUGCCCGACUGGCCGCUCGAACAGCCCGACCCCAGCGUUAGGCAGCGUAAGGAGGCGUACGUCGAGGACCCGGUGCCCACCUUUGCGUUGGUGAACAUCAAAGACAGUGGGAAUCAGCGGACGAUUAAGAAGUUAAGAGAGAAAUCGUUUUACUCGGAGAGCGAAGACGACUCGGAGGAGGAGUCCUCUGAAGAGGGAUCCACUGGUGAUGAGGAGUCGGACGAAGAGGUGAGCGAUGAGGACAUGAGCGGCGAGGAGGAGGACGACGACGAGGAGGCCGAGGAUGAGGAGAGCGAUGAGGAGGAGUCCGACGAAGACAUGGAGUCCGGUAGUGAUGGCGAUGAGGAGGAGGAGGAGAGCGACGAACCCGAGGCUCAGGUGAUCCGCUCGAAGCCGACGCCAUUGAAAGCGAGUAAUAGUAGUAAAAAGUGUUGA